AUGCCUGUUCAAUCGACCAACGGCAACGGUGCCAUCAACGGCGUUAGCUUUGGACAGACCCUCUCGGCCAACGGCCACGGCGCCAACGGCCACGCUGCAAACGGAACUCAGGAUGGCUACCACACAAACGGUUAUGCUGCCCCUUCCGCCAGCGCCGCGGGGCCGUCCAGCCCUCGUCAGCCCGAUUCAUCCGCAUCUGCAAGCCGUCCCAACAUUCUCUUCGUCAUGGCUGACCAGCUCGCUGCUCCUCAGCUUCGCAUGUACAACCCGAACUCGCAAAUUCUCACCCCGAACCUCGACCGUCUGGCUCAAGAUGCUGUCGUGCUCGAAUCUGCCUACUGUAACUCACCCCUCUGCGCUCCAUCGCGUAUGGCCCUCGUCACCGGCCAGCUCCCCUCGAAGAUUGGGUCUUAUGACAAUGCUUCUUCUAUCAGCUCCGACCUGCCAACCUACGCGCACUACCUCCGUUCCGCCGGCUACGAGACCGUCCUCGCCGGCAAGAUGCACUUCAUUGGAGACCAACUCCACGGGUUUGAGAAACGCCUCACCGCCGACAUCUACCCCGGAGACUACGGCUGGGCGGUCAACUGGGACGAGCCCGACCGACGGCUGGAGUGGUACCACAACGCCUCCAGCAUUCUCCAGGCCGGUCCCUGUGUUCGCUCUAACCAGAUGGACUACGACGAGGAGGUCCUCUACAAGUCCAAGCAGUAUCUCUUUGAUCACGCUCGUCGCCAGGGAGGCGGCAAUGGCUCAGCUCGUCCCUUUGCACUCACCGUCAGCUUCACUCAUCCACACGACCCUUACACCAUCGAAGACGAGUUCUGGAACCUCUACGAAGGCGUAGACAUCAACAUGCCCGAAGUCGACAUUCACCCUGACAGCCAAGAUCCACACUCGAAGCGGCUCCGCCACGUCUGUGACCUCGAAGGGCGCAAUUUUACCCCGCAACAGAUCAAGCGCGCCAAGCGUGCCUACUACGGUUCUGUCUCGUACGUUGACGCCAAGAUCGGCGAGCUGCUGUCGACUCUCGACAAAUGCGGACUGCGCGACAACACCAUCAUCGUCUUUAGCGGAGAUCACGGAGACAUGCUCGGCGAGCGAAACCUGUGGUACAAGAUGAGCUACUUUGAGAGCUCGGUUCGCGUGCCGCUCCUCUUCAACUAUCCCAAAAUGUUUGCGCCGCGUCGUGUCAAGGCCAAUGUUUCGACCAUGGACUUGCUGCCGACGUUCUGCGAUAUCGUCGGCAUCCCACUCCAUCCUCAGCUGCCCCUCGAUGGCAUCAGCAUACUCCCUCAUCUUUUGGGUCAAACGGGUCACGACACGGUCAUUGCCGAGUACAUGGGCGAGGGAACCAUUGCGCCUCUCUUCAUGAUUCGUCGAGGCCCGUGGAAGUACAUCACCUGCCCCGUCGAUCCUCCUCAACUCUUCAACUUGGCCCGUGAUCCCAAGGAGCUCGUCAACCUCGCUGCCGCCGACCGAGACAGCCUCGAUGCCGAGACACGCAAAGUGCUCGAAGGCUUUGAAGCCGAAGCGCUCCAGCGAUGGGACGCGGCCAAGAUCACCGAGGACGUCCUCAUGGUCCAACGUCGAAGACGACUCGUCUUUUCCAGCCUCAAGCAGGGCGCCUGGACCUCUUGGGACUACCAGGUGCCCUCCGAGACGCAGAACAUGUACAUCCGCUCUCACCUCGAUCUGGACGAGCUGGAGCGCAUGGCCCGCUUCCCUCCCGUCGAUGAACUGGGCAACGUCAUCACCCCUGCCUCUACGAACGGUGCCGUGCAGCAAAACGGCAAGCUACAGCACGUCUAG